GAAGGGUCCCUUCGGCAUUGGUUCGGAUGGUACAGUAUCCGCGCCACCCCUGACUGCCCUAAACAUAUGCUAUUUACGACUUAACCGAGAUUAUACGGUGCUGGCAUCCCAGAUUCCCAGCAACCAUUGAUCGAUGCCAUCGAGUCUCUGGUGCAGGAACUUGUAACAAAUGGCAGACUCAAAACCCUGGCACGCUGCCUUCCCCGCGCCUAGCACAACAGCUCCGGUUAUCACACGCGAGGACGCCCUCAAGGACCUAAGUUCUGAUGACUUACUCCUGGUCGAUGUGCGUCGAACGGACUUUGAGGGCGGCACUAUCAAGGGCAGUCUGAAUUUGCCUGCACAUAGCUUCUACAUGAACAGAGCUGUCUUGUUCGAUCUAUGCAAGCGGGCAGGCGUCAAGAAGGUUGCAUUCUAUUGUGGUUCAUCUAACGGCAGGGGGCCGCGCUGCUCAGGCUGGUUCGCAGACUACAUCGCUGAGAAGGGUGAUGAUCAGAUACGGGCCUUGACCCUUGGAGGUGGCAUUAAAGGUUGGGUAAAGGCUGGAGAGUCAUACACACAACAAAUGGAGGGCUUCGAGCCUGAGUACUGGAAAUACUUUGAUUGAGCUGCUGCAAAACGCUGGUGCACGGACGCUGUAAAGCUAG